AUGAAGGAUCCUGAGCCAGGAAGAGGAACCUGGGCCACAUGGAGGAACCUGGGCCACGUGGAGAAACCUGGGCCACAUGGAGGAGCUUGGGCCACUUGGAGGAACCUGGGACACAUGGAGGAACCUGGGCCACAUGGAGGAGCCUGGGCCACGUGGAGGAACCUGGGCCAUGUGCAGAAACCUGGGCCACGUGGAGGAGCCUGGGCCAAAUGGAGGAACCUGGGCCACGUGAAGGAACCUGAGCCCGGUGGAGGAACCUGGGCCAUGUGGAGGAACCUGGGCCACGUGGAGGAACCUGGGCCAUGUGGAGGAACCUGGGCCACGUGGAGGAACCUGGGCCAUGUGGAGGAACCUGGGCCACGUGGAGGAACCUGGGCCAUGUGGAGGAACCUGGGCCAAGUGGAGGAACUUAGGCCACCUGGAGGAUCCUGA